UGAUUGUUGACCUUUGACCUUAGCCCUAGAAUUGGAUUAGGUUGUGAAAUGGCGGACAGACGACGUCGGAGAAGAGUUCGGCUUGAUGACAGUGAAACCAAGGAAGGGGAUGACAUUGUAAAUAGCUCAGGAGAUGAGAGUGACACAAUCUUAGAUGAAGAUGAUGAAUCUGAUUAUGCCAGUGCAGAUGAAGUGGAACCUUCAGCAAGUACUAAUCAACAAUUAGAAGACAAUGAUAAGGAGAUAGCGGCAGAGCCAAUAUCUCUUGAAGAUAUAGCAAGGACAGAAGACCAGCCUGGAGAAAAAGGGGAAACACUGAAUCCUCCAACUAAAGAUGAAACAGAAUCUCCUCCCAAUUCUUCUACUUUGGAGGAUAAUCUUGCAUCUGGUCCUACCGAUACUCCUUCAGAUACUGUGGAGGCUCAAGAUGUGCCUGAACCACAACCUGCAAAGACAACACCUGAUGCUCUUCAUGAAACCACCGUAGAAGAGCAAGUGCCAGAAGAACCAGAAGCACCUGGGGCUAAUGAAGUUUUACAAACGGAAGUUGCUGGAGAAUCUAUUAGUACUCCUGCAGUUGAAGGAACCCAGGAAGAUACUAGUCGUGAUGCCUCCAUAAAUGUACAACAAGAACCAGACAAAGGAGAGCAGCUGGAAAAUACCGUUCCAGAAAAUAGAUUAGAACCAGAGAAAGAUGAAGGUGUUGAACAAUUAGAAGAAAAAGUAGAAGAGGCUUAUCCAAGCAACAAAGACGUCACCCAGGAUGAAAACGUAGAGGUGGAUCAACGUAUACCUGAAGAGGAGGAAGAGAUACAAGAGAGAGAUGUUGGCGAUGAAAGGAUAUCAGUUGGGGAAGACAGUAGAGAAUUAAAUGAGAAUGAAGAAAAAUUGGAGGAUGGAGAGAUAGAAAAAGAAGAAGAGCUGGAAGAAGGAGAGAUAGAAGAAGAAGAUCUUGAAGAGGGAGAGAUUCGCGAUGAGGAUGAAGAUGUGGAAGAUGCUCCGGAUGAAGAACGACAGAGUGGAGAUGGAGAGGAAGCACCCCAGGAUCUGGAUGAUGAUGAAGAUAGAAAGAAUCCUCAGUUUGUGCCAAGGAAAGGACCCUAUUAUAUGCAUGAUAGCAGGACAAUGAGUGAUGAUGAAGAGAAGGAACAAGAAACCAAGCCAAAGGAGAAGAAGAAGCUAUGGCAGAAUGAGGAUCGCUGGAGACAUGAUAGAUUCGUUGAAGAAGAUCAAGCCCCCAAGUCCAGUCAAGAGCUACGCGAUAUUUAUGGGAUGGACAUAAGGAGGAAGAAGCUAGAAGAUGUACCAAUGCCUACCAGGGGGCGUGGCAGGGGGCGCGGCAGAGGAAGAGGACGGGGUAGAGGGAGAGGAAGGGGAUUUAGGAGGAGAGAUGAUGAAGAUGAGGAUAGUGAGGGGUGGACCGAGUCAAGGCCGAGAAGGCCUGUCUACAACAGAGAACCUGAGCCUCCAUCCAGAGAUAACCUGCAAAAAGAAGAGGAGUGGCCAAGUCUACCAAAGCAAGAAAGUAAAACAGUGCCAAAGAAGACUAUUCGCUCCCAGACACAAAACAGUUCCUGGGCUAUGGAAGCAGAGCAGGAAGAAGCCAGGCAAAACUCUAGAGAAUCUUACAGGGAAGAGGAACAAGGGUAUGAUGACAGCUACUCAAAAGAGAGAUAUGCUGAUGAUAGGGGACGGAGUGAUAACAGGAGGAUAGGGAGAGGGCGAGGUUACCGUGGAAAUCGUCGAGGGUACCAAGAGGAGCGGAGUGAACAGCAAGAGCAGCGGAGUGCAGAUAGGGGUGAAGGGGAUAGCAACGAUUAUGAGAGACAAUGGGGCUUCAAGGCUCCGGAAGGAUCCAGAAGAACUGGUCGAAUCAGUGGUCGGGGAGACAGCAGAAGUGCCGAAGAGCGGGCACAUGAUGCUUACCUUGAGAGACAGAAUCGUAGAAACGAACGCUACAGAAACAAUACUUCAACAACAGAAUUCAAUCGUGAUGAUUAUGAACGCACUGGUCGACAAAGUAAGCGUGAACCAGACUAUGGGUCUGAGAGGAGAGACCGUCAGCAGGAUGAUGUUAGGAGAGAUAAUUUUUAUGACAAAAGAGAACAAGAUAUCAAUAAAGGACACAAGCAACAAUGGGUUAAUAGCAAUUAUAGAUCAGAACCAGCAAGUUCUGGUGGACGCUAUAGACAAGAUUAUAAUCAACAGGAUGAGAGAUACGAGACUAGGUAUGAACAACGGAAUACUCGAAAUGAUCAUAGGGACAGAAGAUAUGAAAGUCAGGAUGCCAGACAUGAUACACAGGAAACAUAUUCAGAUAAAAGGAGGCAAGGUUCUGACUAUAGAGAUAACCGCCGGCAUGAAACAUCACAUAGAGCAGGUGGACGGGCCCCAUCCUCGGAGGAUGUUGAAGAAAGCCGAACUGGAGAACCUGUGAGAGAAGUAGAAAGGGAAGAGAGCCAACCACGCAGGCAGCGAGAGAGCAAAGCCUAUUCAAGGGAUCGUCGUCAAAGAAGUACAAGGCAGGAGAGCAAGGAAGCCCCUGUAGAGCAGAUUGAAGAACAGGAGAUGGAAGGGCUGAGGAAUCUAGUGAAAGAACUUAAGGUUUCCAUUCAGGAUAACACUGCCUGGAGUCAUGGUGAUCAAGAUGUACAGUCCAAACUAGAAACAAUGCCUGUUAUUGAACCUGUGGGAGUAGAAGUUGCGGUUGAUGGACAAGAAGAAUCGCGACAGGAGAGAUAUGACAGGAGAGAGAGAGGGCGCCCCAAAAGGUAUUCAUCUCAGCGACAGAGAAGUCAAGAUGGACCAGUUGGUCCAGCUGAACAACCAUCUCGAGGAGGAAGAGAUAGAGGCUACCAGAGCAGAGGGGACUACCUCGCCCAUACCCCUCCCCCACAGCCCCCACCGAUGACAUCACCUCCUCAUCAUGUUCACCACCCCACCCCAGUGAGUGGAGCAGACCCCCAUGUAUUAGCAGGUAGUCCAGAGUCAAGGAUGGUUCCACCCCCUCACCCUCCCCCUCAUGAUGUCAUGAUGCCACCACCUGACAUGCAUGCUGGUAUGAGGCCUCCAGCACCAGGCGGUCACCUCCCCAGUGCAGCCUUCUUCAGUCCUAACCACCCUCCACCCCAGAUGGCCCAACCUCCCCAUCCCAACCAACUACCUCCUCCUCAGUUUGUAGGCGGACCUGUCAUGUUUGUUGGACAUCAUUACCCUGUCAUGGGAUCACAGCAGGUGCCUCCUCCGCCUCCCCAGCAACAGGUCCCGCCUCCCCAGCAACCGGUCCCGCCCCCUCAACAGGUCCCAGUUCAGCAUUACUCAACUGUGCCUCCACAGGGUGGUCCUCCUCCAAACCGUCAACACAAUCAACGACGUCCCCCUCUUCCCCAAGGACCACCUCCACCAUCCCAGCCACCACCACGCCAGCCAUCUUCAUCACGCCCAGGUCCACCACCCCUGAUGGGAGGAGAUGAUGCCCCUAACCUUCAAGGGGGACCACCCCUCCCAGGGGCUCAGAUGGUAGGGGGAAUCACCUACUACUCACCUGAGUUACAGCAGAGCAUGAAGAGAGCACCACCCGCAAGAAGACAGGCCAACCCACUUCCUAUUGAAGUGCCACCAGAUAGAGGCAGCAGACGAAGAUCUGAUGACCGUAGUUGAUUAUGAAGAAGAGCUAAGUUUCAACUGUUCUGUUUGAUUAUCCUCCUGGGUGAUCGAAUGACAGUCAUGUUUUGCUGUUCUACAUUUAAUGAUCAGAUGGUAAACUUAUGUAUGAAGUCACCUUCAAAUUUUGAUAAUUUGUAAAGUGAUUAGUACAUUUUGACAUUGUAGUCUAUGAGUAGUUAAUAACACUUUUAGCAACCUACAUACUGGCUUGCUAUCUGUGGUUCGUGCACAAUAUGGAAAGGUUGACCAUAGUAUGUGUGGGCUCUGCAACAAGAUUUAUAUUUAUGCGUACCUAAUUCUUGAUCGCAGAGGUAGUUCUGUUAAGUAACAACAAAUAAAUGCUCUUGGAAGAUAUCCACAGUUUAAAAAAAAUAGGGAAAAAAAGCCUGCAAUAAAAAUAGUUGGAUCAGGAGAGGCACAACUCUUUAUUAUAAUUUGUUUCUGAAUACUCUGUAUGUUGUAGAGUGAAUUAAUUUUUUGUUAGAAACACAUAAUCAUCUUGCAUUGAGAACUAUAGUUAAAUAAGCAGACAUAUUCAAUACCUUGAAAAAAGUUACUGAAAAUUUCAUACAAAUAUAUUUUUGAGCAAUAAAUAAUCUAAUUCCUGACUGUUUUAUAUGUUCUUGUGAUGUGUAAAACUGAAAUUAAAUUCUUCUUUUGCUGUUUUUAUGUUCCAUGAUACUUUAGUUUAUGUAAUGUUUUCCUGUUAUCGUUCAUAAGGAAAUAAUGAAUAUAUUGAAAGGGUAUAGCUAAUUCCAGAGUGGUGCAGUCUGAAAUAUUAUUUUCUUGGUGGUUAAUCUUAGAAAUUAAGAAGCUUGAUAAUAUAACCUGAAAAUUUUGUAGGUUCUUGAAUGUGUUGUAUUGCACUCUGCCAUGAAAGGAGUCAGAGGCAAUGAGUUUUAAAAUCACAAGUUCUGUGUAUUGAACUUAGUUCCAUAGCCUGAAUUUGAGUCAAAAUAAUUUCUAGGUGAGCACCACAUAUAAUCUAGGUCACAUUUAUUUGUAGAAGAAAAAUGGAUAUGAAAUUAAAUUAUUAUGUGAGAUAUAUUUGUAAUUUGGAAUAAUGUUUUUUUUAUUUUUCCAUUUUGGAUGGUUAACUAAUUAGAUAUGUAUUUUAGUUCUCACUAAAAAAAAUGCAGCGUGAAAUAUAUGUGAGAAAUAAAAGUCUGGAAUCGCCCUAAUUUUUCAAUUCGUAAGACAAAUACUUCAGUUUCUUUUAUACUGCAAAAGAAGGCACAAUGAAAACAAAACCAGUCUUUAUUUAUAACACGUUUUAUUGGGUCCAAAUGCAACCCAUGUCGCAUUUUUCUCUUCAUACACUUUCUAUUUUACAAGUAUAUGUACACACAGACAGCUUGUCAAAGUAUCUGAUUAGAAUAUAUAUCAAGAGUAUUUCAAGAACAAUAUAAGCUCUGUUCCCAUUGCUUACAAAUGGUCCAUUAGUAUUCACUAUAAACAAUUAUCCGCAUUGCCGAGUCUAUCUGUUCACAUAUUGCAUGACCAUUAUAGACAGCGAUGGGAACACAGCCCAAUAGUAUGCAUACGCUUUGCAUGAAUCAUGCAAAAUUGUGGGUACACAUGACACAAUACAGGAUAAUGAUAUAUAAGGAGAUAUGGAAGCACAGAACUGUAUACAACCUUAGGAUAUUGAUUAAGACUGCAUACACUAAACUGUAUACAAUCUUAGGAUGAGGUUAAGGACUGCAUCUACUUAACUGUAUACAGUCCUUAUGAAAAUUGAUAGAACUGUAUACAUGUACAGUUUUAGGACAAUGAUUGAAUGAUGCAUUUAUAUUUGCCAUGUCAAUUGUUACUGUUAAAAAUUAAUGAAAUACGAAACAUACAAACUGUUAGAUAUUGUUGGCAAGUGAAAAAAAAUCCAUUAAUAAUUUUUUUAGACAGGACUUGUUAUGUGAUGAUUAUCUUUCAUGAUAAGAAUGUAUUUAUGCUGAAUUUUAAUAGUUGAACAUUCUGUAGUUAAACUGUGUUAUUGUUAUAUCAUUGCAUUAAAUUAAUAACAUUGGAAAUACAAGUUAAGUUUUUGCCAGAAAAAAAAUGGCAGAUGCGAAAAGAAAAACAUGAUUGAUGUUUGAUCGUAUAGUUUUCAAGGGAAAAACUUGCUUUUAUGAUAAAUCUGUUAUAUCUUAGAUUUGUAGUUUUCAUUGAAACAGUUAACUGAAAGGCAAAUACAAUAAAAAUAGAAAGAAAUCACCUUUCUGUUGGUGGGUCGGGUUUUUUUUCAAAUGCAAGAUAUAUUAGGACGGAUUCUGAAAAGUUGUUUAAACUGGAAAGAUGGUAGGUAAUGAGUAUUUGGAAAUGACAUUUAAUUUAAGGGAUUUCAGAUUGACAAUGAUUUUUAAACCUUAGAAAAUAACAAUAGCAAGGUCUGAAGUACCUAAUAAAAUAGUGAUAUGAUUACUUAUUUUGAAGUUUUAUCAAUAGUGUAAAAAAGAAGUUUUUGAAGAGUUCAAAACAUUUCCUCUUAAAAAUUGUUUCUUAUUAAAGUGUUCAUAGUUUCAGAAUAAGUGUAAAAAUAGGUUAUUAGAGAGGAAAUGUAUAUUCAGUCAUAUUAACAUUGUAAUCUUCAGCCUAUGAGAGAAGAUAUAAAACAGAUAAGAAAUAUCUUCUUUAAGUAUUUUAUUUAUCUUAUAUUAGUUAUUAUAGUUGUGUGCUUACUUUUAUACCAGAUCAUUUUACUUUUUUUUCUUUUCCCUCUAUCAAUAAUUCAUUCAUGUUUUAAGUAUUUGUUUAACCUUAAAUCUUCACAUACUUCUGUGUAUAAUUUUGAAAAUGUUACCUUUUUUGUAAAUCUUAAAAUAUGUUAAAAGUCAACAUGAUUUCAAAGGUUAAAAGAAUAUGAAUCAUUUAUACCAUACUCUUGUUGAUGUUUCAUGUCUUGUUUUUUCUUUUUUAUUAUUGUGACAGCUUGAUGAUCAUGGUUGUCAUGAAUUGAAAGUGGAGUAUAAACACGAGAAUUCUGUGAUAAUAUGAGAGAAACAAUAUGAUAUAUUUGGAUGGAGGGUAUCAACACGAAUUGGGAGGAAUGAGAACAUGAAAGAAAGUAAGACAGAAAGAAAGAAAGAGAGAGUAAGAAAAGAAAGGAAGAAAAAAAGGGCACUGUAAGAGAGAUAGAAAAAAAAACAGGAGAUAAGUGAGGAGGAAAUCACAUCUGAAGAAGAGAGGCAUGUUUCAGUUAUAUAACUAAAUUCUAAAACUUCUGUAGUAAUAUGACAAUAGAUUUCGUCCAACAUUUUAAAAAAUCUCACAGAAGUUCACUGUCCACACACAAGUCUUAGUAGCAACAUUUGUUGAUAUCUGGUAACAGCAAUGUAGCCAUUGAAUGGGACGUGUCAUUUCAGAGAAUGCAAAAGAAAAAAGCAAAAGAAGUCUCGGGAUUUCCAUAUUUUUUAACCUAAUUCACUCACCUAGCAAACUAUUCCCCAAUUCAAAAUGGGUUAGUUAUUAGACAAAUGAUGAAAGAACGACUCAUUCUCUAUUCUUAACUCUUUCUACAUCACUGUCACUAUCAGAAUACUCUUUAUGUCAGCAAGCUUAAGUACAUGCGCUAAUAAUGCUAUGAAAUGACAUCUGUACCUACACUAGAUACACGUCUUAGCUGUAUUUAGCUGAAUAAAAGCUGGGAAAAUGGUAUGACAGAGUAAUACACAUCAAUUUCAUGUGGCACAUCUCUUAAAUACGCAAAUUUGAAUAUAAUAUGCAUAAAUAUUGAAUAUUUCAAUGAACACAAGUAACGCAUAACAACUUAUAAAGUUCUCAUUACCUAUUCAGAUGAUAUAUUGGGCAAUGUGUUAUAGUGCAUGUAGUAGUAUUGUCUUUGCUAAUGUGAUCUCAUAAUUUAUGUAAAUACAAACUGCAGACAUCAUAUUUGGAAUAGUUUGUAUGAAUUUUGAUGUAGUACAAACAGGUAAUGAAAGGUAUAAAGGGUAGUGAUAAUACAAAUUUGGAAUAAGUGCUCAUCUCGGAUGAUUCAUGAGUAAUUUUUUUUAUUUGUUUUAAUCUUCCUUAUUAAAAUACUUCUUGUUAGUAUUCAUUGCAAAUUCCAUGUCUUUGCUUUUGUUUAUAAAACCUAACUCAUUUUCAUUUCCAUUAUAAAUAAAGACUCUUGGAUUCAUACCUUUUACUUUAGUUUAUGCGGAAAAAAUCAACUGCCUCCUAUAUGAUUUUAAAGUUAUCCUAGUUGUUUAAGUAGUUUUUAGAUGUAGGUCAUACACACAUCUAUUAUGGAUACCAAUAUGAACUAUAUGGUAACAUGAAAUAGAUUACAUUUUGCUUAAAUUUGCAUAAUUACUAAGUGCUGAAUAAAUUAAAAAUCUAUUGAAUGAAAAAGAAAAAAAAUCUCAUAUGAUAGUUUCAAAGUACAAAGUAUAAGUUCUUAGCAAAUACUUGGCAACAUUGUUACAGUCUACAUAAAGAAGUUGAAUAAAUUAAAUAAAAAGCAGAUUACAAGAAAAGUAAUGAUCUUGGUUUUUU